AUGGAUUCAAACUUACGAUUCAUACCCGAUGAACUCAGUUGGAUGGUGAAAAAAAGUGAUAUGUGCUACUCGGUAUCCGAUUUAAAGAAUAGAACCAAUUGGAAUAAUAUAGAAAUUGAGAAAGAGAACGAUGGACAAUCUGUGCAUUUGAUUAGUCAAUGGUAUCAAGAAUCGAAUAUACGUCGGCGUCAUGAGCUCAUUGCUGUGCUCCAUAUGAAUGUCAUAAAUAACGCUGUCUCAAAAAUUCAUCUCCUUCAACCAAGUGGAAAACCAUGCACAGUUGCACGAGAUGUACAAGUGGAUCCGCAUUUUCCUGUUGCUAUGCUUAAAUCUAAACUGGUUAUUCGGUUUUUAGACAACUUCUCAACUGAACGUUUAACUAUUCAACAAGCCAUAGAAUAUGCCAACAGCAACAUUGAAAAUGCGUAUGUUGCUCUAAUCAAUCUAGAUACAUUUUUUGAUCAAAGCUUAUCGAUACUAGCAAGUGCCCCUAUGACUAGCCAUAAAACGGUUUUCUACAUUUCUCGAUAUGAAAUUGAUCCAAAAUCUACGAAACUUGGUACACAAUGUUCAAGAAAGUACAUGGGAAGUCAUGACGCUCUCAUAUUUCAACCACCUGUUUCUUCUCGAAUCGCACAUGCAUUACCUUUCGAAAUGGGAACAUGGCACAUUGAAACAAAAGUUAUAUAUGAAUUCGGUCAGCGAGGUUACAGAGUGCGCAAUGUGUGCAAAACGCUACGUAUUUGGCAUUUGCAUUCGAGCCAAGUGCGCCAUCGGCUAAUGCCAGACAAGCGGUAUGUAUCCCGACAUCAAUAUCACAUGGUGAUUCGGCCUCCUGAAACUCUUUAA